AUGCAGAAUCGAGAUUUUCAGGCAAAUGAAGAUCCGUCGGGCCGCGCUUCAAACUUCCACACGACUGUAGCAAGACAUUUCCAAGCCUUGUGGUCCGAUGUCCACCAUAAGCAACGAUCGACUAUUUGCUCGAUGCAGAAUUGCGCAAAAAUAAAGCGACGAAAGCCAUACAUGAAAAAAAUGAAUACACCAGGACCUGAAGAUUUAGGUGCGAAUAGUGAUGAUGAGACAUCAGAAUUUAUGAGCUUUUGCGCUGAACAUUGUUCAUCAAGUGAUACAUUAUCAGCAGCUGAUCAAACAGCAGAAACAUCGAUGACACUUAAAUCUUCUGAAAUCGAAGCAUAUGCAUUAGAAGCAGCAGCAACUCGAGACAAAAGAAGAUUUUCUAAUCCAUCAUUUACUGAUCCAUGCUCGACUCAUUAUCCAGCCAACACUGAUUCACCACAGACAAUUAGAUCUAACUUACCGCGAUGUUCGUCAACGCCACUGGUUCAUUAUUCGAGAGUUCCGAAAUUUUAUCAACAAUUUAAUGUUGCUUCCAAUAUCGCUUCUUCUAUUCAAGUUAUUCCUGAAUCUUUUGAUGAAUUUUCACAGUUUCACGUAAAAAAGAAAAAUGAAUUGUUUCCUCUCACUGCUUCAAUGUCGGCUAAAUGUCGUGAGGACGAAAUUGUCGAAUUUAAGAAAUUCGUGUUUUGCAGUAGCCAGCAGUCAUGCCUUUUACAUAAAAAGUUGCUAAGAAAAGAAAGUGGAAAAUUCCAAAAUUCUGCAAAAUAUUGCAUUUGCAGAAUCACUAGAUUUCUGGAGAAGGACCAAAUUACUGAUAUAUGCAUAACAGUAAAUGCGACAUCACUUUUGAUCACAGGUUUACUCCACUUAGAAAUCGAAUCUAUAAGUAAUGUGUAUAAAUGUAUAAAGAUAAAAAAACUAAACUUUGGACUUUUUUGCAAUUUUAUUAUAUUGCCGAUUAAAAAAUUUAUUAUCAUCGUUCUUUAUCAUUGUUAUUUAUUAUCGAUGACUUCCGUCGUUGCUUUAAGGGCAUUUCGUUUUUUUUUGAAUUUUUGCUCUAAGGAUUUCCUUCAUUCAAUUCCAAGUGAAAGUACUGCGAACCACAUAAUCGAAACUGCAUUGUUCGAUUAUUGUUCGUCACCACAGUACUGGACAGUUGGUACUCUCAUAAGACGAAAUUUUGUUGUAUGA